AUGACUAACGUAAGCAAUGUGAAAGCGCAAAAAAGGCAAAGAAACGCUACAUUUCAAACGUGCUCGAAACGGAGAAAAAAGCUAGAAAACACUGAAACGGAUGUGGAUUCAGCGUUUGAUGAUACAGAAAAUUUAACGCUAUCGAAUCACAAAAAACAGCUAGGGGAACUUGCUGAAAAAGAUCCUGAGUUUUUCAAAUUUCUUAAAGAACAGGAAUCUGAUUUAUUACAUUUUGAUGAAUCAGAUUCUGAUGUGGAAGAAGAUCCGCAGUAUGAGGAAGUUGAUGGCAAGGAUGAAAGCUUGAAAGGAGACGAAAACUUAAGGAGGGAUUUUUCGGGACGGAAAAUAAUUGAUCUGGAUUUUGUAACAAAUUUACAAAAUUCACUUUUGCAAAAGGAUCAGCUGGAACUAUCAGUAAUUCAUCGAAUGGUUGCAGCAUUUACAGCAUGUGUGGCACGGGUUGGUGCCGAUAUUGAACCACCAAGUUAUGUGAUUAAUGAUAGUGAUGUAUUUGAAAGCAUUGUACGUCUGUGUUUCACAUAUGUGGGCAAAUUUUUGCUUACAUUAAUAGGUCAUACGAAGACUGAAUCGGAUGAUAAGAAGUCAGAUUCAAAGUUGAAAAAAGUUGGGAAAUAUAAAAAGAAGCAAUAUCGGUGUUGGAAAAAGUAUGGUAAUUUAAUAAAAUGCUAUCUUCAUGCCCUUUUACAGUUCUUGAACGAAAUCCAGACAUCAAGUGUCACUGUAUGUACAUUACGUGCAGUCACUGAUUUGCUCGAAUUAUACAUUCAUUUCCCAAAACUUACUCGAAGUUUUACAAGGACAGUGGUUAAAAUUUGGAGUCGUCGUACUGAUGAAUGUCGUAUUGCAGCUUUUUUAGCUUUGGCUAAGCUGAUCAGAAUACAUAAAACUAGUUUUCCUGCAUUAAUUAAGCGAUGUUAUUUGGAAUAUGUAAUGAAUGUUCGAGACGUUAAAGAGGAAUCAUGGCCUUUGAUUGUACUUAUGCAGAAAUCUUUCGCUGAACUUUGUGUGACAUGUCCAGAAAUUGCUUAUCAGUAUGCAUUUGUGUAUAUAAGGCAAACCGCAAUUCAUCUUAGAAAUGCGAUGAUAGCCAAACGAAAGGAUCUUAUCCAAACUAUUUACAACUGGCAGUUCAUGCAGUGCUUAUAUCUGUGGAGUCAGGUGAUUGCUAAAGCUCAUCGUCAUAUUUCCAGCAAAAAGGAGGAUGUUGCUGGUAUCAGGGAACUUGAUUAUCCGUUAUGUCAGAUCACGAUCUCCACAAUGAAACUUUUUCCAUCAUUGAAAUAUUUCCCCCUGCGAUUGCACUGCCUCCGGAUACUGCUGAUCAUUCAACAGAAUUGUCACACGUAUAUUCCAACUUUGUCACUUGCUGUUGAGUUACUGUCUGAUGCACUUCUAAUAUUGAAGAAGAAACCCGCAAAAGAAAAAGGAAUGCAGAAGAGCAUCGAUAUAAGAUGUGUACUGAAGGUUUCUAGUGCACAUAUUGAUGAUGCUGGAUUUCGUCGUGCAGCUUUAGAAGAAUUGUUCAGGAUACAUCUUGAAGCAGCUCACAUCGUGCAGCAAAGCUGUGCCUUCGCCGAUAUUGUCAUCCCUAUAACUCAUGAGAUUAAAUCAUUCGUAAAAAAUUGUCGCAGUACAGACUUUUCGCGGCUUUUCAAAUCGUUAGAAACAAAACUACAAGAACAAUCUGCUUAUGCGAGGGGAAUUUUAAAUAGCAGCGAUAUGGACCUAACUAAUGAAGCAUUAAUGAAACACUUGGAGAGACGUUUCCAAGCUCCGGAUGCUCCGCUUACAAAGUUUUAUGAUUCGUGGCAAAAAGCGUGGAAACUGAGAGAGAAUGCAUUAAAUUCGGUGGAUAAAAAAACCGUACAGCAAACAAAACCCGCACAACGGUCGGAUCGUCUAAAUCUUGAACAGAAUACUACGGCGGCAGUGAAAACAAAGUCAACAGUCGUGGUCAAAGCCAAUAAAGUAGACAUCAAAAAAAACAAUAUAAAACGAGCAAGGCGAAAAUCUGAAGAAAUUGUAGUAACCCCUAAAGGUGACGAAGAUGUUCUAGAAGAUUUAAUGCUUUCCGAUGGUGAAGACUGA